AGUCAGUCAGUGUCAGAGUGUCAGUCAGAGUGUGUGUCCGUCUGUGGCUGUGUGUGUGUGUGUCUGCUUGUGCUUGCGUCCGAGCAGAAUGGCCCUCGCCAGGAUCCUGAUCGCUGGAGGGCUGCUGAGCUGCCUCCUAAGUCUCUGCUGCUCCCAAUCAACACCACGACCGUCUUUCCUGGUGAGUUUCCCGGCCGUGGUUAGGUCCGAGUCCGAGGCCAAAGUAUGUGCCAGCCUCCUGAGUCCCAACGAGACUCUGGUUAUGUCCAUCUACGUAAUCAAUGGAGACCAGAAGAAGCUGAUCCACCAGGAGACAUCGGACAAGGACUUUCACCGCUGCUUCACCUUCCAGGCCCCAGAGGUCAAAGAGGAUCUGUUGCAGAGCGUCAGAGUGGAGGUCAAAGGUCAGACCACUCUCUGGACUAGAGAGAGCCGCUUCCAGUUCAGCCCAAAGCUGAGCCCCUUUGUCCUCAUCCAAACAGACAAGCCCAUAUACAGCCCAGGACAACCAGUGCAUUUCAGACUGGUUACCUUGGAUACAGACUUCAUCCCCCUCCAGCAGAAGUACCACAAAGUAACCCUUCAGGACAACCACGACAACGUGAUUGGCCAGUGGUUGAAUGUGACGACGGAGAAGACCCUGGUGACACUGUCCCACCCUCUGAACCCAGAGGCAUCGCAGGGCACCUACCGGCUGAUGGUCUCCGCACAGGAGGGCGGGGAGAAGACACACACCUUCCAGGUCAAAAAAUAUGUGUUGCCCAAGUUUGAGGUGAGCGUGACCACUCCAGAGAAACUCAGUAUUGGAGCACCUGAGGCGGUGCUGAUGGCUUGUGCCAAGUACACGUUCGGGCAGCCUGUCCCUGGGAAGGCCGUGGUGACUCUUUGCCGAUCCCCUGAUGUAAGCUACCAUGAUGAUGAUGAUUUGGCCAGAGCAACCUUGAAACUAUGUUCAGCUGAGACACUAGAGCUGGAUCCGGCUGGCUGUGCCACUCAUACCUUCGACAUGGCAGCAGUGGCCGGCCCUAACAUUAAUAGAAAAAUGACGGAUUACCUAACCUUCGAGGCCGCCGUAACUGAGGAGGGAACAGGUAUCAGUCGCUCAGGCAGCAAAAACAUCCAGUUGGACUACUCCCUUGGGAAAGCUGCUUUUGUUGACACACCAGACAAGAUAGAGGACGGAGCAGUAUUGCAGGGCAAGAUCAGAGCAACCCAUUACAACGGCUCGGUCAUCCCCUACACAGCCGUCCACCUGUUUAAAGGUCCGCGGUGGAGCGCUGAACUGCUCCAGAACCUGACUACAGACGCGGCAGGAGUGGCCCAGUUCACCCUGGACACCACCGCGUACCUAGGACAAUUCGAGAUCUUGGCCAGCCUGUCUGUAGAAAUAGACCGAUACGUGCCCUACAGGACUCCCUACUACGACCACGCUUUCUAUACGGUGUCACGGCUGCGGCCGGCAUCUGAGUUCACCCCGGUCGUCAGCGGCCUGGAGGUCAAGGACAUAGAGGGGGAUCUGAAGUGUGGAGAGGACGCCGCCAUCACCGUCAAGUACUCCUUCGUUGGAGAAGACUUCCAGGCACCGGCUGUGGACAUCAUUUACAUGGCGUUGUCCAAGGGGCAUAUUGUCCACCAUGGCUUCACUCAGGCCUCAGUGGCGGGCUCCAAACUGCUGACCACAGGUGAAGUGUCCUUCAAGCUGCCCGUCAGGCCUCAGAUGGCUCCUACAGUGCAGGUCGUGGUCUACUGCGUCCUGCCCAGCGAGACCGUGCUCGCCAACAGCAGGAAAUUCGAAAUUCAGAAAUGCUUUGCAAAUAAGGUGUCAGUGCAAUUCUCUCCCCCCAGAGCGCUGCCUGGAGAGAAGGGCUCCCUGCAGCUGUCUGCCCAGCCUGGCUCUCUGUGUGGCCUCAGUGCCGUGGACCAGAGCGUCUCACUCCUGGAGCCGGGCAAACAACUGGACGCCGAAAAGGUGUAUGACCUGCUCCCGUAUUUCGAGGGUGAUGUUCGGUAUGGGCUUCGGGACCCAGAGGAGUGUCUGGAGGUGAGGCCGCGGCGAUCCGUCCCUCCUCGCCCAUACUACCCCAGACCAAGACCUGAGAAAGGAGCCAUCACCACCUUUUAUGAAAACGGGUUGAAGGUAGUGUCCAAUCUGCUGCUUAAGACGCCGGACUGUCUACUCUUCAAAGGAGAGCGGUACCGCUAUUCGCCUGAUGGGGAGUAUGGUCCGAUCAUGUAUCGUCAUCACCAUGUUGUGGGCGCGGCGCCUGGGCCGGGUAUGAGAUAUGAUUCCCCAGACGGCGGCUAUGCAGAGCCUGCAGCCACUGUGCGCACUGUCUUCCCAGAGACAUGGAUAUGGGACCUAGCUGAAGUCGGAGCCUCCGGCGACACUGAGGUGCCUCUCACUGUCCCCGACACCAUCACCACCUGGGAGACGGAGGCCUUCUGCCUGCACCCCCAGGGCUUUGGCCUGGCCCCCCCAGUCCAGCUCACCGUUUUCCAGCCUUUCUUCCUGGAGCUGUCCCUGCCCUACUCCAUCGUCCGGGGAGAGACCUUCCAGCUCAAAGCCACAGUCUUCAACUACCUGCCCAAGUGCAUCAGGGUCACAGUGACUCCUGCCCCCUCGUCAGACUUCACGCUGAGCCCCGUGGCUGAGGGCCAGUACUCCUCCUGUCUGUGUGCCAACGGCAGGAAGACCUUCAGCUGGACUCUGGUGCCCUCUGUGCUGGGUGUGAUGAAUGUGACGGUGAGUGCGGAGGCCGGUCCAUCUGAGGGCCAGUGUGGUGGUAACGAGCUGGUGACCGUGCCAGAGAAGGGCCGCAUAGACACAGUCACACGCCCCCUGCUGGUCAAGGCAGAAGGGGUGGAGCUGAGUAAAAGCUUCAACUGGCUACUGUGUCCAAAAGGAAACACUCUAACAGAGGAGGUGGAGCUGACUCUACCUGCAGAAGUAGUGAAGGGAUCAGCCAGAGCCUCAGUGGCUGUACUGGGUGACAUCAUGGGUCGUGCUCUGAAGAACAUCGACAGUCUCCUCCAGAUGCCCUACGGGUGCGGAGAGCAGAACAUGGCCAUCCUCUCCCCAAACAUCUACAUCCUGCAGUACCUCCAGAACACCGGCCAGCUCACCCCAGACAUCAAGGAGAAAGCCACCAACUUCCUCAAGAAUGGAUACCAGAGGCAGCUGAACUACAAGCACAGGGAUGGAGCUUACAGCACGUUUGGCAGGGGACUAGGAAACACUUGGCUGACUGCAUUUGUGUUGAGGUCCUUCGGCAAAGCCAAGUCCUUCGUCACUAUUGACCCUCAAGUCAUCUCUAGCGCCACCACCUGGCUGGAGGCGAAACGAAGACCAGACGGUGUGUACGACAUGCAGGGAUCACUCUUCAACAACAGAAUGAAGGGGGGAGUAAAGGAUGACGUCACCAUAACUGCUUACAUUGCUGCCGCAAUGCUUGAACUUCAACUUCCUUUGCACGAAGCCACCCAGAAGUAUUUGAAGUCGUCCGUCAAUGACGUGUCUAACACCUACGCCACUGCUCUGCGGGCCUACGCCUUCAGCCUGGCAGGAGAAGAGGACAUCAGGGCUCAGCUUCUCAAGCACUUGGACAGUGUAGCAACCUCUGACGGGAGCCUCCUGCACUGGUCCAAGUCGUCAUCAGAGAAGGCUGAUUCUCUGGGGGUGGAGACGAGUGCUUAUGUGCUGUUAGCUUCCCUCACCAAGCCCACACUGACUGCUGCUGACCUGGGCUACGCGGCCAGGAUCGUCAGCUGGCUGGUGAAGCAGCAGAAUCCAUAUGGGGGCUUCUCUUCCACACAGGACACGGUGGUGGCACUGCAGGCUCUGGCUCUGUACGCCACCAAGGUCUUCAGCCCGCAGGGCUCCAGCACCGUCACAGUGCAGGCAGCAGGAGGCGCCAAACAGCAGUUUGAUGUGAACCAGCACAACUCCUUGCUGUACCAGGAGAGGGCGCUGCAGGACGUCCCUGGGAAAUACAGCGUGGAGGUCAAAGGAUCAGCAUGCGCAUCUGUGGGGGUGUCUUUGUUCUACAACAUCCCCACUCCCACUGACCAGUCCACCUUGAGCAUCUCAGCUCAUGCCAAGCCCCUGGCUGAGGGAGAGUGCAACAAAGCCACUGCACAGGCCUUCACCUUGGAAGUCGAACUCAAGUACAGCGGGCAGCUGGAGAGUACCAAUAUGGCCAUAGUGGACGUGGCAAUGCUGUCAGGCUUCAGUGCCGACGCAGACUCUGUUGAAAGUCUGAAGCGCAGCCUGUUAGUGGACCGAGUCGACAAGAAAGACGACCACAUCCUGGUGUACCUGACACAGGUUCCCAAGGAGAUGAAGUUGCGUUACCAGCUGACCAUCAGACAGGAUCUCCCGGUCAGCAACCUGAAGCCAGCAGUGGUCAAGGUGUACGACUACUACCAACCCAGCGACCAGGCUGAAGCAGAGUACUCCUAUCCAUGUGCAUAGGCGAGGGGCAGGCCCUGAUGUCAACUCCUACCCAUGUCGAUAGGAGACGGCUCUAGUGUGUGAUUGUGUGUGUGUGUGUGUGUGCUCCCAUUGUUGUGCAUAUGAAGACUGAGACAGCAACCUGAUACUUGCUGCGUGUGCAUGCACGCGUGUGAAUGUGAAUGUGUGUGAGUGCAUAAGAUCAACUGGUCCAUAUCAAAGUAUGUUGUGCGCGUGUGUGUGUGCGUGCGCGUGUGUGAGUGACUGCGCGUGCGUGUGUGUGCAUCCGUGUGUGUGUGUGCGCGCGUGUGUUGGGGGUGGCUUGACUAAGAGACAUAGACAUGUAAAAUGUUGUAUGUAUUUGUGAAAUGUUUUAAAAUACAUUCAUGAUGUCCACAUGUGUGAUGAUGUGUAAUUAUACUGUAAACAUGUAUACAUUAUAAAAUGCCCAUCUAAAUUAAAUGUUAUGAAUCUAAAAUAUUAAAUAUUAAUUUUCAAGAUUUA